AUGGCCAGUCCGGUGACAACAGCCAGUGGCAUGAGCCUGGACGAUCGCGGUGGACCUCGCAGCGUGGUCUCAGUGGAGGACGAGAACGUGCUGAUUGCAGCACAAGCAUUAUCCGGGCUUGGCAAUCCAGCCUUCAUUCAGAGAGGCGGACCCGCUCAGCCCCCAUCAUAUCCAAUGCAAGCGACGCUUUCCGGAGAAGAGCCUGAACCAUUACUACAGCUGAUCACGCAGGCACACCCAUGGGUGGGAACGACGAUCAAAGGUGCUUCCUUCGCAUACUCAACAACAAAGCAUUACUCGCCGCGCAUCGUACAAUAUGGCGCCAAUUUGGUGGAGAGAAACAUUGCGAUUCCUGUCGCGAGUGCUGUGGGAAGCGUGGGCGAAUACACUGGCGUCGAUCACACUGUUCGCCGCUACUUAGAUGCCAACCGUCCGAACGAUGUUGAACAAGGACGUGUCGACGUUAACGGAAGUUUUGCUAUGGACAUGGACUCCCGGCUUCACCAUCGAAAAUUGUCUAUUGACUCACUCACAGAGCCAUUGCCGGUUUAUGGCUCGACCAGACCGCCCUCCUAUCGCGAAGAACAAAGUCCAGCUUCGGCCACUCGGUUUACUCAGCAAAUUCAAGGACGACAGAAGCCUAUCCGGAGCUGGUCUUCCGGGCUGUUUGUCACCUCAUCUGGUUUGUCGGUCGCACUAAGCUCUUCUUCGCGCGACAAUCUUCGUUAUUGCUUGCAAUUACUGAGCAACUCGGCACUUCGCGUCUCGGAAUUCACAAACGCCCUUAAGAGUAUUCUCGAGCAAUAUGAGCAACACCGCAAAGGCUGGCACGGCAAUUUCGGCUCACAUCUAGAGCAAGGCGGAAACGAACAAGACGUCGCUACACGUCAAUUGGCAGACCAGAUCAAGAUGCAGAGCGAGAACAUCAUGAAGACUUUGAAGCACGUAGUCAAUCAAAUUUCGGAAUACGCGGGCGGUGCCUUGCCAGAGAAUGCCCGGAACUUCGUCCGUACUCAACUCAUGUCGCUACCACAGCGCUGGCGCGUGGUUUCGGGCGAGCCAACUGCGGCGGAAUCCGAAACCAGCAAGAGUGCACAGCGCAUGAUCGGCUUUGCGAAAGAGGGUCUGGACAUGAUCACGCAAGUGAGCAGCGUCAUGAAAGCCACACUCGAAUCCGCGGAGAAAUGGCUAGAGCGCGUGGGCAGACGU